CACACACAGCUGAGAGAAAAGGGGAGCCAGUCAGAGAAAAAGACGACCUCAACCCAACCCCAGUACAGGCAGCAGCACUGGCAACCGCCGUCUCUUUGUUCUGUACUGGCUUUGACAACAAAAAAGUGAUAUUAAGACAUUUUAUUCCUCAAUGCCAUCGCGAAAAUUUACAGAGAUGGACUCAAACGGGACUGAGUAUAUGGACCAUUGUGCGUCCAAUUCAAAGAGAAGGAGGCAUGACAGUGAACAGUCUUACCCGAGGGGAACCUGUGGCCUGGAGUACACGGACCUGGAGGCAGCUGAAGCGCUGGUGUGUAUGAGCUCAUGGGGCCAGGGCCACUUCCUCGGCAGCAGCAGGCCAAACCCCUGCAAGCCCAGACCCCUCACCCCCGCUUCGGAUUCCUGUGACUCACUCAUGCCGUCAGAACUUCCAGACCCCCCAAAGGACUUUGUGUCCCUCUCCUCCCUGUGUAUGACUCCCCCUCACAGCCCCAUCUUUGUUGAGGCAUCCAGCGCUGUGCUCCAGUCAAGCUCUGGCCUGGCUGUGUCCUCACAACACUGUGGGUCCUGGGUCCAUCAGCCUAUCCUGGCACCCAUUGCUGAAAAGACCCCCUCCCUCCCCCCUCUGUCACAGCCCUGCAGAGCCAUGGCGACCAGUGUCAUCCGCCACACCGCAGACAGCACCCCUUGCCAACACCGCAUUCCAGUGGCCCCCAAUCCAAAGAAAACUAGAGACACAGUAACGGCUGCAACGGUCUGCCAGCAGCAGCAACACAUUACAAAGACUGAGCAGAAAACCACACCCCCGACUCCUCCAGCUCCUCUCACACCCACAUUAUCUGCCUCAAGAAUAGAGCAGCAUGCCAGUCCCUCAAAUCCAUGUUUGAACAGUGUCUCCACCCCCACUCCUGUCAAUAUGCAACUGCAAAACAGCCUAGCCACUCCCUCUGCUCCUGCAACCCUGUCCCCGCACUCAGUCCCGAGCCCUCAAAUCAUUUGCCAGAUGUUCCCUGUCAGCACCCAAUCAGGUAUAAUCUCAGCCUUCAUCCCUGGUGCGGUUCAGACAUCCAGUAAUGGGAUUCGGACCACCACCACGCCCAUCCUCCCCCAGCCCACCUCAGCCAAUGGCGCCCCUCUCCAGCAGUCCCUCAUCGUGGGCUCAGCGAUGCCCCAGGGCACGGUGAUGCUGGUUCUCCCUCAAUCCUCUGUCUCUCAGGCCCCUCACUGCCCUCAGACUGUCAUGACCCUGGGCAACACCAAGCUACUACCUCUGGCCCCGGCCCCUGUGUAUGUGCCAGCGGGGCCCAGCAGCGGUACAACAGCAACAAAGAUGGACUUUUCCCGCAGGAGAAACUAUGUCUGCAACUUCCCGGGCUGCAGGAAGACGUAUUUUAAGAGCUCACACCUCAAGGCUCACCUAAGAACACACACAGGUGAGAAGCCUUUCAGCUGCAGCUGGGACGGCUGUGAUAAGAGGUUUGCCCGCUCUGACGAGCUCUCCCGUCACCGGCGAACACACACCGGUGAGAAGAAAUUUGUGUGUCCCGUGUGCGACCGGCGAUUUAUGCGCAGUGAUCACCUCACCAAACACGCCCGCCGCCAUAUGACCACAAAGAAAAUUCCCUCGUGGCAAGCUGAUGUCAGGAGCCUGAACAAAAUGGCUGCAGGCAAGACAACUCCCUCAAAACCCGGCCUUGCCACACUAAGCAUGCUGGUACCUGCCGGCUCAAAGUAGACAAUAAACACUGCCAUCCUACCCACUCCCAAGAUACCACAGGGACACAGGAAGCAGCCAAGCACACAAGGCUGCUGCUAUUUUACUCAUGGGAAUGAAAGAACAAACAUGCACUGGACUUUUUUUCCUUUCUACUGCUCAUUUGUACAUGUAUUUUUCUUUAAGGGAUUGUUUUGUUUACUUUGAUAUAAUUGAUAAUAUUAAUGCACUGUUGCCAAAGCUUUUGUAGGAAGUUUGUCUUAUACAUUUCAUCUUCUCCACCCCUCCUACAAAACUUUCUCUAUGUUUGUGUUGAUACUGAUAUAUAUAUAUAUAUAUAUAUAUAUAUAUGAAUGUAUUGUUUGUUGUACUAUGAAAUUCAUUUAUUUGUCAUAUUUGUGGGAAAACAUGAAAAAUAAUGUACAUAUGAAUAUUAAUCAUCAGUACUAUGAUUAUACCUUGAUUAUAUCCCCCUGUCUAACUUUUUCACAUUAUUUAAUACAUAUUUGUAAUAAAAAAGAUUAAGUCAA